GCGCCAGUAACCUCUGCGCCAGAGGGAGCGUCUCGCUGGCGGCGGCGGCUGCCUCUACUGCACGCGCUGGUUGACUGCCAGCCUUGGGCCGCUCCGGGCAGCUGCCUGCGCUCCGCCUCCGCUGGGUGCCUUUGCCCUGGGCGGCGCCGGCUGGCUUGACACCCCCGGCUCACAGGAGCCGGCAGCAGCGGAGCAAAGGACGUGUGGCAGGCGGAGUGUCUGGCUGGGGCUGGGAGCAGCAGCAGCGGCGGCGGCGGCGGCGAGGGGAGGGUCUGCGGCUUGGCGUAGCUGCAGCAGCCGUCUCGGCCUCUCUGGGAGUGACUCUGUGUGCGCGCUUCCAGGCUCUGCCGCUCGCCGAGCUGCUCCUGCCGCCGCUGGGGAUUGUUAUUGUUGUCGCUCGCUUCUCUCCGGCUCAGACAAGCCAGCACGGUCAGGGGUGGAGGGGCAGGAAUGUGAGCGGUGCUUGCAGGGGCUGUGUGUGUGUGUGUGUGUAGGGGGGGUUCUGUGUCACCCCCGUCACCACCAGCAUCCUCAUCAGCUGGAUCUAUUGUCAGGAAAGGAGGAAAUUGCAACCAAACAGCAGCAGCAACAUCUGGGCGGUCACAUCUGGGCAUGCAACAUCGGCUUCCUCCUCCUCCUCCUUCACCCGAGUGGAUCACUUGGGGGGUGGAAAUACUUCUGCAAUCAAGCCAGAGGUUCCAUCUUAUAACUGAAUAUUGAAACUGGAAGAGAGGGGGGUGGGGUGGGGAUAAAGGCUGCUUUCCCCCCCCCCUUGGGAUUUAUUUCAUGGGGAUGUGUUCAAGACAAGAGAGGAUUCAGAAGGAUAUUGACGUUGUGAUCCAAAAGUGCAAGGCGGAGAAGGACUGCCUGUUUGCAGAUUUCAGGUACUCAGACUCCACCUUCACCUUCACCUAUAUUGGAGGCUCCAAAAGGGUCACACACGCUACUCAGUUUUGUUAUCGUCACCUGUUGGAGACAAGGAAGGAACUAAAAGUCAUUUCCUAUUCAGUACAUGUCUCGGAGGAUUAUCCAGAUAACACAUAUGUUUCCAGUUCAGAUAAUGAUGAAGAUGUGUUAGUUACAACAGAGUCAAUCCCAGUAAUUUUCCAUAGAAUCGCAACAGAAUUAAGAAAAACCAGUGAUGUUAACUGUUGCUUAUCUAUAAAAUCAAAAUUACAGAGGGAAAAUGGAGAGGACUCGAGGCACAGUAGUGCAGUUGAAGAAGAUUCUGAAGGAGAUAAUGAUUCUGAAGAGUUUUAUUAUGGGGGACAGGUUAACUACGAUGGAGAACUUCACAAGCACCCACAGCUGGAAGCUGAUUUGACAGCAGUGAGAGAGAUCUAUGGGCCUCAUGCAGUAUCUCUCAGGGAAUAUGGAGCCAUUGAUGAUGUAGACAUUGAUCUGCAUAUUGAUGUUAGCUUUCUUGAUGAAGAGAUUGCUGUGGCUUGGGAUGUAAUCCGCACAGAGCCUAUAAUAGUGCGAUUGCACUGUUCACUUACACAGUACUUAAAUGGUCCAGUACCCACCGUGGAUGUAUUUCAGAUCUCUACUAAGGAAAGAUUUGGGUUGGGACAUCAGCUGAAAAAAAUAAUGCAGACAUUUGUUACACAGCAGUGGAAAAAUAGCAAAGAAAAAUCAAAUUGUACGCACAAUAAGAAAGUGUCUGAGAAAAAGGUGAAAUCCCCUCUGCACAUCUUUUCUACAUUGCGCAGGUCGCCAAGUUAUCCUCCACCUGGCUGUGGUAAAAACAAAUCAAAAUUGAAAUCUGAACAAGAUGGCAUCUCCAAAACUCACAAGCUGCUGAGAAGGACUUGUUCUAGCACAGUUAAGUCUGAGGAUGUGUGUGCCACAAAGUCUCACAGAACUUUUGGCCGUUCAUUGUCUAGUGAUCCUAGGGCUGAGCAGACAAUGGCUAUUAAAUCGCACAAACUGUUGAAUCGUUCUUGCUCGGCAGCUGUCAAGCAAGAAGAAUGCAUCACUCUAAAGCCCCAAAAACUCCUAAGCAGAUCAUGUUCCGGGGAUCCUCGAUGUGAGCACAAUAGCACCUUGAAGCCUCACAAACUUUUAAGCAGGUCUUAUUCCAGUAAUCUUAGAAUGGAAGAAUUAGAUGGACUGAAGAAUCACAAGUUACUCAGCAAGGCUUACUCCAGUGCCCCUAAGUCAUCCAAAAUGGAGUUUUUCAAAGAACCCACCAUAGCAGAGGGCAGGAGGCUCUCUCUUACCUCAGGGCUUAUUGGUAUCUUAACGCCAUCUUCCUCAUCACCUUUGCAAGCUGCUCUGAAUUAUGGUGCAAAAUGCAUUCCAAUACGAGACAAUGGCUUUCUUGUGCAGACUGUUGAGUUUGCUGAGCAGCGGAUACCAGUGCUGAAUGAAUACUGCGUAGUUUGUGACGAACCACAUGUGUUUCAGAAUGGCCCCAUGCUGAGGCCGACAGUAUGUGAACGGGAGCUGUGUGUUUUUGCUUUCCAAACUCUAGGAGUAAUGAAUGAAGCUGCAGAUGAAAUUGCCACUGGGGCUCAGGUGGUAGAUUUAUUAGUAUCCAUGUGUCGAUCGGCAUUGGAAUCACCCCGGAAAGUUGUCAUUUUUGAGCCAUAUCCUUCUGUAGUUGAUCCUAAUGAUCCUCAGAUGCUGGCCUUUAAUCCAAGGAAGAAGAAUUAUGAUCGAGUCAUGAAAGCAUUGGAUAGUAUUACUUCUAUUAGAGAAAUGACACAGGCACCAUAUUUGGAAAUAAAGAAGCAGAUGGAUAAACAGGACCCACUUGCGCAUCCUCUUCUGCAGUGGGUUAUUUCUAGUAAUAGGUCACAUAUUGUGAAACUACCAGUGAACAGGCAACUGAAGUUUAUGCACACUCCUCAUCAGUUCCUCCUUCUCAGCAGUCCACCAGCCAAAGAAUCCAAUUUCAGAGCUGCUAAAAAUCUCUAUGGAAGUACCUUUGCAUUUCAUGGUUCACACAUUGAAAACUGGCACUCCAUCCUGCGGAAUGGCUUAGUUGUUGCUUCCAAUACAAGGCUGCAGCUCCAUGGUGCAAUGUUUGGAAUUGGGAUCUACCUUAGUCCAUUGUCAAGCAUAUCAUUUGGUUACUCAGGGAUGAAUAAGAAGCAGCAGAAGGUGUCAGCUAAGGAUGAACCUGCUUCAAGCAGUAAAGGCAGUAAUGCAUUACAGUCACAGAAAAAAGGACAGCAAUCCCAAUUUUUGCAAAGCCGUAAUUUAAAAUGCAUAGCCUUAUGUGAAGUGAUAACCUCACCUGACCUGCACAAACAUGGGGAGAUAUGGGUAGUUCCCAACACUGAUCAUGUGUGUACGAGAUUCUUCUUUGUUUAUGAAGAUGGCCAAGUGGGUGAUACAAGUAUAAAUACACAAGAAACAGGCAUUCACAAAGAGAUUCUUCGAGUCAUCGGUAAUCAAACUGCUACUGGGUAAAAGGACCACUCCUAUUUAAUUGAUGUGAUUUGGAAGCCUUCCUCAGUCUCAAAGCUGGAUUUUGAACUGAAGAAGAUGCGAAAAACUAAUUUAUUAUUAUUAUUACUAUUACUACUACUGCGACUACUACUAAACAAAUUAACCCUUUGAAUACUUCCUUUUUUCUUACUUAGUAUUUCUUAUCUCAUUGAAAUACCUGAAAUGGUAUGAGUUAGCAAUUAUAGGGGUACAAAGUCCAUUAAUAUACUACAACAAAGAGAAAUUAAAGAGACAUUUGGGUUGCUCACAAUAAACAAUUUAAAAAGGAGUUUUGUGCUGAUAUUU